ACCAUGCUGUGGUUCGCUGGUGUUUAAACAGAAACUGAAACGACGUCCUGCUUGUUCGACAUUCACAUACAAAUAAAGAUUGGUUUCAAAAAAGAGAGGGAGAGGGAGAAGGGAGCAAGCCCCUCCCCCUGUAGAGAGCAGGCUCGGCUGCAUCAGACCGGACACAUCCUGUCACCCUGUGCGGCGGGGACCUCUGUCAGACCCUGCAGCCGGCGCUGGAUCCUCGGUGACUCGGCGAAGUAAGAUCCUGAUAGCACUUGCUGCCUCUGUCCUGCACUUCGUCCUGUCUCUUGACAGAUUUGUCAUGGCAUCCUCCUUGAUCAGCCGUCAGCUUUCUCUCUCCCUGCAGAAAAACCUAUGGCUCAGUGCUACAGGGUGCAGAUAUGUCAGCAAAGCAGCUCCGAAGACCCAGGUGGACUUUGACUACGAUGGACCUUCUAUGAAAACUUCAGUUCCUGGGCCACGAUCACUAGAGCUGACCAAACAACUUGGGGAAAUCCAGAAUGUUGCUGCAAUCAAUUUCUUCUGUAACUAUGAGGAGAGCAGGGGAAACUACCUGGUGGAUGUGGAUGGCAACCGCAUGCUGGAUAUCUACUCUCAGAUCUCUUCCAUUCCAAUUGGUUACAACCACCCUGCUCUUCUCAAAGUGAUGGCCAAUCCCAACAAUCUGAGUGCAUUUGUGAAUCGACCCGCCCUGGGGAUCCUGCCACCUGAGAACUUUCCAGACAAACUCACUGAAAGUCUUCUCUCAGUGGCUCCCAGUGGAAUGACUCGUGUUCAGACCAUGGCCUGUGGCUCUUGCUCCAAUGAGAAUGCCUACAAAGCAAUGUUUAUCUGGUACAGGAACAAGGAACGAGGUCACAACACAGCAUCUGAUGAAGACCUCAGCAGCUGUAUGAUAAACCAGUCCCCAGGAUGUCCAGACCUCAGUAUUUUAUCAUUCAUGGGAGGUUUCCAUGGAAGAACCAUUGGUGCUUUGGCAACGACGCACUCAAAAGCAAUCCACAAGCUGGAUGUGCCAUCAUUCGAUUGGCCCAUCGCCCCGUUCCCCAGACUGCAGUACCCACUGGAGGAGUUCACCAGAGAGAAUGCACAGGAGGAGGCUCGUUGUCUGGAGGAGGUGGAGGACCUGAUCGUAAAGUGGAGGCAGAAGGGGAAACCAGUAGCUGGGAUUGUAAUUGAACCGAUCCAGGCUGAAGGUGGAGAUAACCACGCCUCCCCCAACUUCUUCAAAGGCCUCUGCAACAUUGCACACAAGCAUGGCUGUGCUUUCCACGUGGAUGAAGUCCAGACCGGUGGGGGGAGCACAGGAAAGUUUUGGGCCCAUGAGCAUUGGGGCAUGGACGAUCCGGCUGACAUUGUCUCCUUCAGCAAGAAACUCCUGACUGGUGGCUACUACUACAAGGCUGAAUUACAGGCUGACAAGGCAUACCGCAUCUUUAACACAUGGAUGGGUGAUCCAUCAAAGAACCUGUUCCUGACUGAGGUUCUCAAUGUCAUUCGCAGAGAAAGACUUCUGGAGGAGGUUACCCGUUCUGGGAAAGCUCUGUUAAAUGGUCUAUAUGAUCUACAGGCUAAAUACCCUGGCAUACUGAGCCGCGCUCGAGGGCAGGGGACCUUCUGUGCCAUUGAUAUCUGCGAUGAUGAAACACGCAACAAAAUCUUGCUCAAGACCAGAGACAAAGGUGUCCUCCUCGGAGGGUGUGGGGAUCGAUCGAUCCGUUUCCGUCCAGCGCUGGUUUUCAAGGAGUACCAUGCUCACAUCUUCCUCAACAUCUUCAGUGACGUCUUGGCCCAGUACAAAUAAAUGCUGACCCUGGAGGAACCUGACAUUAGAGCCUAAAUUAAUCUGGAGGGAAGGCAGGGAAACUCCUGACAGUCCAUGUAACAACAAGCACAAUCCACCUGAUAACUCAGAUAUCCCACAUAACCUCUGAUUAAGUUAGGUGUAGAGCAGCGUGGCUGAGUUCUCAUAUUUUUAGCCAGAAAUUACUAUAGUGAUGUCUUCUUACAUGUGCUGCCGUAAAGAUCUAUCCUGAAAAACAGAUACCAGUAGGUGCAAUUGCAAUUAGUUAAACACGAUCAUGUUUCUGUAAAAUAAAUCUAUUGAAGAGGCUCCAACAUUUAAACCUUUCUCAUCUGGAUUUGUAUUCUUGUAUCGAGGAUAACGUGACUAGCAGUUCUAGUCUAGUCUGUCUAGUCACUCUAUAAUGUCAGCAAAUCUUGCACCUUCUGUUUUACCCUAAAUACUAUGGCUACUAACUUCUUAAAUGAAACGUUCUGGAAAAAAGAUUGGCUAUCGUAUCCAAAGUCUGUACUAGAAGCAAGAGUCAAGAAAUAUUUUAUAUCCUCUUAAAGGUCCAGUGUGUAAGAUAUAGGUGAAAGGGGUCUUUUGGCGAAAAUUGAAUAUGAAAUAAUCCGUGGGAUAUUUUUUACUUGUGUGUUCAAUCUAAAUGGUACGAAUUGUUUCUUUUAUUUAUCUGAAAAUGGGCCCUUAAUAUUUCAAUACUUUAUAUUAUCCAAACAGGACAAACUAAACACCUUUUGAGUUUUUAUGACAACUGAAGGCUACCACAGGUUCUCAACCAACGAAAUUCUACACACUGAACCUUUAACUGAUUCUUGUUGAGAUAUCCUACAACUGCAUUUCCCAAAAAGUAGCACUUCAAUAUUCAGACUAAUUUGUCGUUUCAUUUAGAAAACACAUACCAUUUUCUGGUUAUUCUCAAAUGCUUUUCAUGUUAAUGGAAAAAAGAAUUUUCUGUGAGGCACAGUAAAGUACCUGUAAAGCUCUCAUUCAUUAUUGUCUUAUUGGCGUGAUGUUUUUUACAGUUCGCCUUUUCUUAAUCUGGCCAAUAAUGUAAUAGCUUGAUAUUUUGCCAACCUUGAAUGGAAUCGUUAAUGUGACCUUGUUGAAUCACUGAAUAAACCUUAUAUGUCUGAGGUUCAAAGAUCAGGAACCACAUUUAACAUGUGGGUUUGUUCCUUUAGCAGGUAGCACAGCAGUAGACAGAUAGAUAAAUAAGAGGACAAAGAUGCCACCUCACUUUAUGACGCAGUCUUGCAUAAAGUUUACUCAAGUGCUCAUAUGCCACUUACAUCCCACUGCCCGUAACACAGAGAGACAGUAAAGAUGCCAGCCUGCAUGUCAUUUGAUGUUGCCCAUUAGAAAUGCCCUUGUUAUGAUUCUAACUGUCGUGUUGCUCUUAACAGGAAUAACUUUUCAGCCUGAAAUGUUGUAGCCCAGAAAAUGUGAAUCUUAAAUGGACCAGGAAAAUGUUAGAGAUUAUUUAGUGCCUGCAUGUUACUUAAAUGUGUUUUUUUUUCUUUGCCACUGGGUCAGAUAGCAG